ACCAAAUUUCAUUCGACAGAUGUGACCAGCCCACUGCCACUUAAGCUUACUAACUCGGUGAGCUAUGUCGGUGACUUUAGUUCUCUGUCGGAUUACUUCGUUCCAAUAACAAAGUGACAUAAUUAUGUGAUCAUACUGCAUAGUUCUUACUUGGCACAAAAGGUAAACAAUAUUUGUGUCCAAGAUUGUGUGUUAGAAGGACAGAUAAAAUAAAAUAGGUGAUUAUAUAGGUACCUAUCUCGUUAGCAUUACCACCCAAGUUAAAGUAAUAGGUUAAAAUGGAAGUAUAGCACUUGCUUAAUAUCCAAACAAAAGAGAAAACAUUUUUCUACUCCUAAAUAUUAUCCAAUCUCCAUGAUUUUUUAGAAUACUAACAACAGAAUGAAUUACUAGCUUUUUAGUUUUUUUUCUUUUUUACAGAUAUAGAUAUGACUCCACGCAAAAAAAAACUCAAGAAAGAGCUGAAAAAAACAAAAUUCAGUUUGUCGUCGUUAAAAAGAAGUGCAAAGCUGAUACAAAACUUAGAAUCAGGAAUUCUAAAAGAAAUAGUUUCAUCUGCACUAAGAAAUCAGAAGAGGAAACCAAAAGGAAGACGCUGGACCACAAAAAAUAAAACCACGGCACUGGCCAUAUUUAAACGGUCUCCUAAAACCUACCGCUACCUGCAACAUAUCCUACCUUUACCGGGAGUUAAAACAUUGCAAAAUGUUUUAAAGAAAAUUCCAUAACAACCAGGACUGAACAGCACAAUAUUGGAGACUUUAAAUUAAAGAAACUGUAGAGCAGGUAGCGGGAACAGGAUUUGAAGUUGUGGCUACCAUAUGUGACCAAGGUCCCACUAAUAUGGGGGCCCUGAAACUGCUAAAGCAGUUAUCCAAUGUACCAGACCAUGAGGGAAAUAAUUAUUUCAUUGUGAACGAAGAGAAAAUAUAUAUAAUAUAUGAUGUACCUCAUUUAUUUAAAUCAAUAAGAAAUAAUUUUCUUAAUAACGGAAUUAUUAAAAUGAAUGGCAAAACGGGGAAAUGGUGUCACUUAUUAGAAGUGGAAGAAAAAAACAAAAACCUGCUUUACUUAAGUAAAAUUACCGCCACACACGUACAGCCUUAAUACAGAGCCAAAAUGAAGGUAAAAUACGCAGCUCAAAUUCUGAGCAACACCGUGGCGGCGGUACUAAAGUUACUGUCAGAAGCUGACCUAAACCCACAACAUAAACAUGAAUUGAUGGAGACUGCCCUGGUAAUUCAGGACUUGUAUAAGUUGUUCGACUACACAAAUGGUCCAUCUGGUCCGCAAGAUAUAAAAAAGGGCAUUCGGCAAAAUGUUUCUGCGAAAACCGACCAUUUAAAUGUCUGGGCUGAUUUCAGAAAGAAAAUGGAAAAGCUAGUCUUUGUGAAAUCAAAUGGAAUGGCUGCAACAAAUGUGAGGUGCGUUAAAGGAUAUUUAAUUACCCUGAGUUCCCUCCAAGACUUGUGGAAUAAACUUAGUCGCCUGGGAUUUAAAUAUCUCAAUUUAAGGCAACUAAAUCAAGACGCCUUAGAAAAUCUGUUUGGCAUCAUUCGGCAACACAGCCCGACUAAUAAAAACCCAACUUGCGCGUCAUUUAUCGGUGCCAUAAAAACUGCAUUGAUAUCGGGUUUAACUGCACCUCACAAUAGGGGCUCUAAUUGUGAAGAAGACUGUAAAAAGUUACUGACUAAUUUCCACGAAUUAGUCUUUGAAAAUGAAAGUAUGCCAAAAAAAGACGAUGAUCAUGAUGAUCAUAGCGCUAGAGAAGAAAAAGAAAUGGAAAUUUGUGAAGAUUCACAAUUAUCAGCGCCGGUGUUGAGCCUUCCAGAAGUAUUGGAUUUUGAAGACAUCGAAAAAGAUUUGACAGAUGUAGAUUCACAACCACUAGUUUACCUCAGUGGUUAUAUUGCAUCUAUAAUUAUUAAGCAAUAUAAUUGCUUAAGAUGCAAAAAUAAUUUAACCGCUGAGGAGCCUGAAUCAUGCCCAUUAUUUAGGUAUAUAAAACUUCGGGAAUGGUGGAAUGCUAAAUCAUGUUUGACAUAUCCAUCACUAAAUCUUUGUCGAACAAUUGAAAUUGCUAUUACCGUUUUCAACACAGAGAUUAUUGGUUGUCUCCAUCAAAAAAAUAUCUGCCAAUUAGCUGUCACAUUAUUCUUUAUAAAAUGUGACAUCAGUUGGUUUAGUUGUGAAAUGCAUUCAAAAUUAGUAUUUGAUGUCAUGUUUGUGCGGCUUAGUCGGCUUCUUGUAAGAAGACAGUGUCAAAGAGUAAAUUUAAGCCUCUCUGAAAAAGAAGAAAAUCUGGCGAGUGCUGUAAAAAACGCGCAACAGCGCGGAAUUUCUAAGUAAAAUACCAAAAAAUGUGUAAUGUAUAUUACCUUCUGGGGGGCUUGUCGCUCACGUCCGUAGGUACAAACCCUAGUUACCCUACACGUGUCCCCUGGGUGGUGCUAACGAGUGACAACGCCGAAUGUCGGGCGGCGGUAAAUCGACCCGACCUCCUCUCCUAGCAGAGGCGGCGAUCUCCCGCCGUAAAAAAGGAGAAUCACCAACACGCCUGCCAAGCGCGGUGAUUAUGGCAAACACACCUCCUUAUGAUGGAACAAACAAAGGCCCGGCCCCCAGUCCCCGGCAGCCCCGCUAUCCCGGACUCCGGUAGCGGUCACGGUAACGGCGGGGCAGGGGGUGCGAAGAAUCUCCGGCAGAGAGUCGGCUACCAGCCCAACCGACCCUUGCA